UUUUCGAAAAAUUAAAAUGUUCGAAACUCGUAGUGAAUCUUCUUCACCUGUGUAUCGAAAUAUGUCACCGAAUUCUUCACCUAGUUAUGAUGAUUACGAACAAACUAGAUUAAUGGAUUUAACUAAUUCUAGUGAUAAAUAUUUACCGGCUACUUUACCUCAUCCCGAUAACAGUGCCUUUGCCUUAUUUUAUAGUCAGCAAAAUUUACAUCAGAAUCGAUAUUACGAAGAGGAUGGUCGAAUGCAAUCUCCUAAUUAUCACCACGAACACAGACCAGCUUACGAAUACCACGAAGGAACUUAUAUCAAAGUCGAACCUGUGGACGAACCUCCAGUAUUAAAAUCUAGAAAUUCAGGUAGAAAACGUCGAAAUAUGGAAGCAGACGAUGAAAAUUCCUUUUCCAAAUCCAAAUCACGAAGAAAAUCACCGCAAAGUUUCGAGGAUUUACAGACACAAAGAAUAAUGGCGAAUGUUCGAGAGAGACAAAGAACACAAAGCCUUAACGAAGCUUUCGCUAGUUUGAGAAAAAGUAUACCAACAUUACCGUCGGAUAAAUUAUCAAAAAUACAGACACUGAAAUUAGCUGCUAGAUAUAUAGACUUUUUGUAUCAUGUUUUGUCUACGUCGUCACCUGAAAAUCCCGGUGAGAGUGACAUUUUAGGUAACGUUUGUUCAUAUACAGCGCACGAAAAACUUUCAAGAGCGUUCAGUAUGUGGAGGAUGGAGGGCGAUUGGAAUACGCAAAUGUAAUGUAGAAUUUAGUAUGUAAGUUAUUUUUUUUUAAUUCUUACCACAUUUUUAUAAAUUUUAUGGGAAUAAUGCUCCGAUAUUCGUAACAAAAUUUUUAUAAUUUAUAAACCAUAAUUUAUAAAAGAAAGUCAUUUUUCAAAGUAUUAUAUAUAUUUGGUUGUACUUUCCAAUAGGAAUAUUAACCGCUCAAUCAAGAGACUCAUUUAUUUGUCAAUCCACGUUCUAAUCAUUGCAUGUUUUGGAUUUGUCCACUAUUUUUUCCAUAUUUUCCAUCCACGGUCUCCCAUUUUGUUCAGAUCACUUGUUAUUUGGAUUUUUGGUCUUCUUUUGGACUAGUUUCCUAAUGGUUCCCAUUCUGUUAUUUUUUAAAUUUCAUCUGUUUUAUGUGUCCUUGCUAUCGUAUUCGCUGAGAUUUUAUAAAUCUGAUGAUAGUCUCUUAAUUUAAAAUUUCUCUGAUUUCAGCGUUCAUAAUUCAUAACCAUAUAUUGUUCGUAAUUUAACUUUUCUAAUCCGUAUAUUCUUAUCAUUUCUCUUUCGAAGGUGUUAAGUUCUUCAUCAGCUUUUGUUAGAUUCAUCGUUUCUCUUCCAUAGGUUACUGUUGACCUUAUUGCUUAUAAGAUUAAACGUGCAUCUUGUAAUUGCACAAUUUCUCCAGAAUCUCCAGAAUUAUUUCCAGAAUCGGACUGAAAGUAUCGAUAUUGUGAAAAAUAACUUCUGAAACUUUUGUUUGUUAUUUAAAAACUUUUCUGUUAUCUUUUCUGGAAACAUCGUUAUGUAGAUCCCAAUAAACACAACACAAAUUGAGCACAAUCAGAUAUAAUCCAAAAAUAAGUUUGACAAAAACUACAAAUAAGUUCAGAACCUAAGUAUUAUGUCUUUUUUUCUAACCAAAUUUUUUAUUGUGAAUAUUAUUUCUUGUAAAUUUUGUAACAAAACUUGUAUAUAAAUACUUAACUACUUUUUAUUAACAUACUCUUAAAAAAAAGCGAAACCCAUUCAUUUAACUAUUUAGCUAAUUUUAAUUUGCUUGAAAACAUUUUCUAAGUGUAAAAUCAAAAACUCGAAAAGGAAAUUAAUGCUACCUCCAAUGCUUUGAAUUGUUUACUUUUACAAACUGCGGCAUGGUAUGUUUGAAGUUUUGGAACAUUGAUAUAAUCUGAUUUAAACAGUGUUACCAAUAAAUGAAAAAGCCUAACGGUACUUUCCAUAUCUAAUGAUUUUGUUAUUCUAGUAAUGGUUGUUGUAAAAAUUCAGUCUAAUAUCUGAUAUAUUAGGCGUAGGCAUAAUGCAAAUUCAGACAUUCGAUAAAAAGCCUAGGAAUUUUACAAAAAACCGGUAAAACGUGAUCCUGAGAGCUUUCUUGAGUUAUGACUAGAUAAUGACUAGGAAAUUUGACAAAAUGUCGGCAUAACAUAUGUAGAAGACUGGUUACAAUUGGAAAUAAGAGAUAGUCUUAUUAACCACAGUUUUAUUUCAAAAAAGAUACAUAAAUACACAUUUCUAAAAUUAAACAAACACGUAAGAUAGCUUACCAAACUUUGACUAUAAUGUUAAAUACAAAUCAAUCGAAUAAACUCAAUAUAAUUAAGGCAAAAUAUAUAUUUAUUUAUUAUAGCAUGUCAAGCUUCUAUGACAGUUAGGGGAACAGACAUUCUUACUUUUAAAGCAGGCACAUUCAUUUGAAUUGCACCGUUUAUCACCUUCACUACUUAAUUUUAAAAUAAAUGCAACUACCUCAAUGUGAUUACUCGAUCAGAGACAUCUUGGAAGCCAGCCGAGGAAUAUUGAAUUUCAUUCCUUGAAAACCAAGAUUUUACAAUUCCUUUUAAGAGUGCCCGUUCUAAAUGUCUACCACUAUAACUAUUCUUCUUCUUUUAAUGCUUAUCCAUUAAUGGAUGUUCGCGACCACAUUUUUCAUGGCUUCUCUAUCUCUAGCGGUAUGGAUCAAUGUCUGAAUAUCUUGUAUACCCGUCCAAUGCCUCACGUUCCGCAACCAUGACAUCCUCUUCCGUCCCAAUCCUCUCUUACCUUCAAUCUUGACCUCGACUAUCAGACUAACAGAAGGAAUUGAUAUUUAUGGCCUCGCAUUAUAUGGUUAAGAUAUGCAAUCUUUCGUUUCUUCACGAUGUUAAACUAUAACUAUUAAAUUUUAAAAAUCGAGAGGACCACGAUCGAACUGCCAGAAAAACGUACCAUCCUAUUUCAAUAGGAUUAAUCCUCUUGUUUGUUGUCUGUAACAUUUUUUUCUGCCUCCUUUUUCUGGCCAGCAAAACAGUUUUGCCUUUUAUCUUCGAUACCGUUUUUAAUUGAAAAAAGAGCACAUAUAACUUCAGAUUAUGAUGAAGAUAGAGGAUGGUUUUCGACCUUGUCACUGCACACGAUGCAGCACGCUGCAGUAUCACUUGGCGUCGCGCUUAUUCUAUCUGCGUUUUUAUCAGAUGAUUCUUCUUCUGCAUUAAAUGGACUGCUUUCAAUUUCUUGCUGUGGGUUAGAAUCAUUUUCUUCUGUUUAUUCGUGUAUUUCUUUUUCGAGAUCAUAUUCGGCACGAAACUCUGGAAGAUUAGACUAGUUUAAUCUUACUUUUGGUUCAGCUCCAAAGAGGCACGGUAGGGUUUCUUUCAAUAAUAUGAUGCUUGGAGGAAUUUUUUUACCACUGCACAAAGUACCAACCUAUAGACCAAUUUGCAGAAAAAUUAUCGGACAUCCAAGCACGACAACAUCUUAAUUGCUACGAUCUAUUCUACCUUGACUUUGAAGAUGACGUGGUCUCCCAUGUAUAAUUUUACAGCGGAGCUAGUUACUAACAAUCUGCUCGAUUAAAAAAUGAAAUAUAUUCUCGGUCAUUGUCGUUUCCAUUUGUAGAAAAAUGUUUACUGGUUCUAAUGCUAUUUCUAAAGCGCGUUUUGUCUGUAAGGGACGCGGAUCUAAAAAUUUGGUAGCGUGGUCUGGAUAAUUGAGAAGCCAUUAUAAUUUUUAUCGAGGGCUGAUUAAAAAUCCAUUAGGGCCCCAUGAUUUUGAAAUCUUUAGAAAGAAUAGGGCAUUCGACUAAUCCGUUACGUGAUGUGAUGUUGGAGGUACUCUAUUCAAUACGAGAAAUUGUAUUUGAAUGGAAUACAUGAAAAGGUGAAAUUCUGUCCGAUUUUAUGAUGGGUAUAGUCUUAGCAAAUAUCGAAAGCUGUAAUAUAAACUUCUAGUUCACCUUAAGGUUACCAAUGUCUUGACAGUCUCGGUUAGUUAGCUGUUUCGAAAUUAUUAAUGUAUCUAGAUCAAAUUGCAUCCAUUAAUUUUUUAUCCCACCAAAAACUACGAAUUUCUCAUUAAUUAAUUUUUCAAAACUCAAAAUAGAAAUAAUAAGGCCUUACUUUGCUAUUAGUCAAAAGUAAUUUAAUAGAUACAGAAAUUAAAUUUGUCCAAAAACGAAACAGAAUUAUUUUCAAAAACUAAUAAUAUAACUCUAUAUACAUAUACAGAGUACUACUGAAUUCAUGUGACAAAAUUCAUGAAAUUAAGAUGGGUCUUUCCUAUAACACAUUUUCCUACGCCCUUUAUGAGGUAUCGCCCUUAAAAGGUGGUGACUAAAAUUGAGGUUUUGUUUCAUUUUUUUAAUUUCAGUACAGCUGGAGACUUGAAAAUCUGUCAUUUUCUACAGAGAAAAAAAAAUAAA